AACUUUUCAUUAUGUCCAGUAUGGGGAGACCAAGGUCACGGGGCACAUCGAUUCAUGGUGACCGUUGGAACGCCUCGCACAUUUGAGGAUGCUCGUGCCUUCUGUGGUACCGACAAGUACCUGCUCAACCUGCAUGCGGCCGUGAACGUUUCCCAUGUGCAAGCAACCUUUCAGCAGAACGGGCUUGACUCGUCCUACGUAUGGCUGAACUUGCGGAUGAUCCAGGGGUUCUUCCACUGGCUAGACCCCAUUCCUCAACUUUUCAAACAAACACUUUCGUUGUCCUACGGAGAUGUAAUUGAUUCGUACAAUUAUCACCACGGCUGCGUGGUCCUGAACACUUCGUCCGGCGCCAUUGAGACGAGAUCGUGCGACGAGCAACACCAGUUCGUCUGCAUCGAGGACAAGCAGCUGCGGCCACUCGACGUGUCAGACGAGGCGGUGAGCGUGGAACUGACGUCCAACCAGCCACCGGUUCUAUUGAGCUGGAACCUGCACAACCUGAGACUCACGUGCCGCGCUAAGCUGCGCAACGGCACCGUGCUGAGGGAGGCGCCGCCGGGCAGCUACGCGUACGCGCACGUGUGGACCAAGAACGGCGUCUUCCUCGACCACACGUACCCGUCCCUGCAGCCGGAGAAAGCGAGCGAGCCCAAUGCGUACACGCACAGCGACGUGUCCAGCCAGGGCAGAUACCGGUGCGGUCUGAAGGCGCUGCCGUCAGGUAGCAUCGCCUGGUCGAACGUCGUCACCGUGGUGCUUGAAGACUUCGACACCUAUCGUUUAACUGGCCAUCUUUCCCAUACUGUCGAUGCCGGACCAAUACAGUUUAUCGGCGGUAGUUUUGUUGGUUUCGCAAGAAAAAUAGAGGAGGCUGUGACUGCGCUGCAGUUCUCAGUCCGUUGGAGCUACUCUGGAAUAACAAUAGAUGACGCCGACCGUGUGAACAUCAGCCUAUUUAUUUACUAUAAACGACCCGAACUUGCUUCCAUCGCAGACGCCAGUGGAGGAGAGCCCGAUGUCUUCAAUCAUAGCACCGCUCUCGAGAACUUGAGAACAAUUAACAAUAUUACAAUUAACAAUAUUACUGAUGUCUUGCACUGCAACAUCGUGAGACAAGGGGUUUUCACUUUUCACUCGGAGGGCCACGUCGGACUCGUAGAAUCGACACCACCAUGCCUGACUGAAUCCAACCAUCUCGUUCCUCGCUAUUGCGAUAUAAACUUCGAGUCGGCACCGACUUGGGCACCGUUUCAAGAGUCGACGUGCAAGGCAGAAACACGAUCUCGAGCGUUCGACGUCCACACGGAUACGCACCACCUGCUGUGCAGCCCUCGCCACUGCGUCCCACAGACUGUAUUCGGUGCCUGGUCAGAGGUCCGGCGGCUGUGCAACAGCUUGCGCGGCUUCCUGGCUAGCGGCGGUUCAGGAAGCUGGGCCGACAUCGUCCAGAAGCACGGAUAUUUUCAGUCGGAGAGCGCUGGACUUCCGCAAGUUCUGGAAGCAUUCAAAAUAUCGGAGCUGCUGGUACCAAUUCGCUUGCCUGAGGGCGCAAAUGCGACUGGCUGCUUCAUCGUCAGCAAAGUUAAGGACCAGCCUCAAACAACACAAUACUCGGACAGUGUUACGCAAACCUCGUGCUCCGAUGAACGGGCGGGAAGCUGCGCGUUUAGGUACCGCUCCCAUUUCCGUGGCCUCAAUCCUUGUCCGAGAGGAGGGUGGUUGGACUUGUCGACCAAGAACACCUGUCUGUGGUUAAAUUUGUCGCCGUUGGAUUACGACCAAGCUGCUGAGAAGUGUCGUGCCAGUAAUGGGCACUUGGCUUUCGUGGAUAACUCUUCAUUGUCCUACACUCUUGCGCUACUGCUCGCUCCACGACAAGUCCCGCGCGAGUUCGACCGCUACUGGAUUGGGCUGCAGAGGUCUCCAGGCGGCGUCUACAAGUGGGAGAACGGGGAUCCAAUGCGGGAGUUCGCCUGGCACCCUCAGGACGGACUACAAGCACAGCGCGGGAACGCUGUUCGUCGAUCGCUAUUCCGUUCCACGGAGUCUGACGAUGCGAUAUUCCCUCGAGAAUCCACGUCGAAAGCUUCCCUCAAUAUGUCAAGCGGACCUGCAAACAGGUGCACCAUGGCUGCGUGUUGAGCAAAGAAACAGUGGCCGUCGUGUGGUGCUUACGUGCCGCGUCUCAGCCGAAAUCAUUCCUGGCAGUGUCCUCUGGUACAAGGACGGCAUCGCUGUGCAGGGCAACCGUACCAGUACUCCGGACGGCC